UCUCAGCCGGCUCUCGGAGCAGCAACAAGUGGUUCAAGUUGAUCAGUUGUGUGUGGCAUGGUGGCACAGUUUUAGCAAAAACUUCUUCACUCCUCUCCUCUCCGGUUAACGGUGUGUGUAUUCAACAGAUAGUUGUUCCCCAAGACAGGAUCCGUGAGGACUAUAUUAUUUGGAGUGUGUCAGGCCGUCAGUGUGUGUGCUUCGAAAAAGGACUUGUUAACUUUUUGAUUGGAAGCCUGAUCUGAAGAUGGGGAGAGGAGAAACAAUGGCACUCUCGGGGAACUUUUUUGUCCUUCUUUUGCUGCUGCUGUGCUCCCAGGUAUGGACGAAAGAAAUCGAUAGCGCGCAAGACUUGCAACAGGAGGAGUCUGUAAACCUUCCAGCAGAACACAGAGGGGAUUAUGGUGGUGGAGAUUUCGGUAAUGGCAUCGUCCCCCAUGGAGGACACGACCCAUGGCCCGGUGGCAGACCAGACAUGGCUCAAAUCAAAGCACUCAAUGUCAAAUGCGAGAAGAAUCACAUGAAAGUAUACAUCGAGUUCGACAGACCAUUCUACGGUAUGAUCUUCAGCAAAGGUCACUACAGCGAUCCCAAAUGUGUCCAUCUCCCCCCAGGCACCGGCCAUCUUGAAGCAAAAUUUGACAUCUUCCUGGGUGGAUGUGGAAUGACCAGCAGUCAAGGUAGUGGUUACACUCAACCAGACCAAAGUACCGGAUUAUUCAUUGAAAACACGAUUAUUGUCCAAUAUGAUCCUCAAGUGCAGGAAAUUUGGGAUCAAGCCAGAAGAUUACGAUGCACAUGGUACGAUUACUACGAAAAGGCUGUUACUUUUCGACCUUUCCAAGUCGACAUGCUGGAUGCAGUGACCGCCAAUUUUUUGGGAGACAACAUUCAAUGCUGGAUGCAGAUUCAAGUCGGCAAGGGUCCAUGGGCAAGCGAAGUGGCUGGAAUUGUCAAGAUCGGUCAGACGAUGACAAUGGUUCUUGCCAUCAAGGAUGAAGAAAACAAAUUCGAUAUGCUUGUAAGAAAUUGCAUUGCUCAUGACGGCCACCACCAGCCCAUUCAACUUGUGGAUGAAUACGGAUGUGUAGUCAGGCCGAAGAUCAUGAGCCCGUUCCAGAAAGUCAAGAAUUUCGGAGCAUCUGCAUCUGUUGUGUCCUAUGCUUACUUCCAAGCCUUCAAAUUCCCCGAUUCCAUGAAUGUACACUUCCAGUGCGUGAUUCAGGUCUGUCGCUACGAAUGCCCUGUUCCCCAGUGUGCUGGUGACCUUGGUGGCGGAUACCUGCCAGCGCCAAGAGAUCCAUCCUACACUGAGAAUAAGCUCGUGUCUUACGCAAGUCCAGAAGGUCAUCCCGAUGCAAAUCCUCACCAAGCUCUCUUGGCUGGCACUGACCAUGAACCUGCUAUUGACCAUUCUGACCACGUUCACAUUGCAGACAAAGAAUACGGCCCCGUGUUCUUCAAUCGUCAAGGCGACCAGCUGCCAACUAAGGGAAAUAAUGUCAAGAUUGGCAGUGCAUAUGGCGUUUCUGGCAUUGGAGGCAAGCCACGAUCCAUCCAAGACAACAACAGGAAGAAACGUCAAGCUAAAGACCAGAUGACCGAUAUCUCAACGCAGAAGGUAAUUCAAGUAGUAGCACCUGGAGAUGUUGCUUUCAGCUUGCCUAGCGACGAAAAAGAAACUGUCGUCUAUUCUAGUAGAACAGAAGGAGAUGGUAUCUGUAUGUCUGUACCUAGUUUUGCUGUUGGUUUAGUUUUCCUUCUUCUCCUUCUCGCUAUCUCCUCUUUGGUGGCAGGAUUUUUGUUCAUGAGAGUUAAACACCUUACAUUGAAAGAAGACAACUCGAUUUCUUACGACAAUACAGAAUUUAUGAAAGUAGCCGUUCCCAUGGCACACUAAGUAGCAAAUGCUUUUGCUUUGUUUCUAGACUUUAGACUAUGUCAAAGAGAUUGUCUUAACUAAUCCUGCUUCUAGGUGCUAUACUACCUCGUGUACCGUUUACUUCUGAAACUGGGUAGUAACGGCUCAAGCAGGGGUGCUAUAAUAUAUUACCUUCAAGUUUCGGCGCUGGUCUCAGUGAGACGAUUUUAUAAGUCGCGCCGAAAGAACCAUCGUUAUUCUAUGAAAAACUUUUUAGCACACACCAUUCUUCCAGUUAUUUUACCAGUCUUACAAGAUAUUUAUUGUUAUUUAUUAACGUGGUGAGAUGGACUGGAAUAUGGUCGACUUAAGUAAAGUAUACUAGUAGUGUGAAUGUGUAUAACUCGCUUAUAAGAAUAUUGAUCUUCGAAUGAAGAUAUGAACUUUUGUAAAUAUGAUUCCAAAUAAUAUUUCUCCUUUAAUUCAUUGCUUUUGCCUAUUUCAUUAGGCAAAAAUAAUUCAGGAGCUUUAGUGAAAUCAAUGGUAACUUUAGUGUAAUAAUCUAGUUAAAUAUUUUAGUAUGUUUUCCAAAAAAUAUUUUUGGCCUUCUGAAAAUUGAGCUGAAAUGUAUCAAAGAUGUAAUCCAAGUAUAUUUAUGUCAAUUAUAUAUAUAUAAGAGUUAUUUAUUUGGAUUUUUGCUUAAACUUGUAACCAUUGAUUAUUAUCCUGCUUAUUUUUUACGCAAUCAGAUUUUGUAAAUACACUUUUAGUUUAUGUUUACAGAUUUAUUAAAUUCUUCUCAGCACUUUUCUAUAGUACAGGGGCUUAGAAUCAGGGUUUCUUCCAAAUCUAUGCACGGCUGUUGUUUUUUAUGGGAUCUUAUGGGUUGGUUGGGGUUUGAAAACGACCUUUCAACUUCAGAUAGUUAUAUUUCACAUUGAUUGGUUUCACAAACGGCCACUAAAUGGAUAUUUGAAGUUUCAGCUUCAAGAAGAAGUUAUCAAAUUCGCAUCGACAGCACACAGCUGCCAAAUAUUACAUUCUGAGAUGUCUGUGUGUGUCUUUUUAGUGAAGUAAAAUUUUGUCACCGUGUAUUUGAGAAAUCUUCUGAUUGCAAUUGCAGGUAUAGUGUUUUACUCAACUCUUUUGAUUCUUUAAAUAUUUUGAAAAUAAAAAAUGGUGAAAUAUUAUUUAUUUUCAUGGUAAUUUUUAAUAACAUUCCUUUAAAAUUAUUUCUGGGUGUGUGAUAUUGGAAUUUCUAGAGUUACUAUGUGAUUUUCUUUUAUUUAUUUUCCUUCAUGGCAUUAUCUAUAAUUUACUUUAUCAUCCAUUUUUUUUUAUCUAUUUUAUCUGCUAGGGGCUUAAAAUCUAUGUGCCUGCCUUAUUCUUUUAGAAUGAACAAAUCUUUAUUCUUUGCUACUUUAGUUCUGGAAACUAUUUGUACUGCGUAUUUAAUGUGUCACUUCUGUCAGAAUUCAAAUUCCUCUUUAAAAAAGAGGAAUUCUUUGUAAAUAUGUAUGUUUCAAUCAAAUUGUUG